CUGGAGGACCAGGAGUCCUCCGGCGCGGGCCGGCCCGGCAUGCUGUGCGGUGUGCGCGAUGGAGGCGAGUGUGGGGGAGAGUGACUGGCGGAGCGUGGCUUUCCGGCAGAAAGUGGUGGCGCAGAUUGACGACGCCAUGCGGGCAGCAGGGACGCCCAUCACCAAGUCCAGCAAAGACAUGGAGCACCAUGUGUUCAUGAAGGCCAAGACCAGGGAAGAGUAUCUCAGUUUGGUGGCGAGGCUUAUUCUGCACUUUCGAGAUAUUCAUAAGAAAUCCCGAAGUGGUGAUCCCAUCAAUGCUUUGCAGAACCUGCAAGGUGUCCCUUCGGGGGGCUCGAGCGGGAUGAUGCCCUCUCGGCCCCCCGGAGGACCCCUGCCUGGGAUGCCAGGCCUGGCAAUGGGGCAGCCAAUGACUCUUCCUGGACAAGCUCAGCCGGGUACCUCAGCAAUGCUCCCUCACAUGCCUGGUUUCCAGACAAGUGCACAGCAGCAGUCCCAGUUAUCAAUGCAACAAAUUGCUCAACAGCAGCAGCAGCAGUUCCAUCAGCAGCAGCAGCAGCAGCAACAGCAGCAACAACAACAACAGCAGCAACAACAACAGCAGCAGCAACAGCAGCAACAACAAUUCCAGCAGCAACAAAUCAUAAAACUACAACUGCAUCAGCAACAGCAGCAGAGAUUACUCCUGCACCAACAGCAGGUCCAACAGCAGGUCCAACAGCAGCAAAUACAACAGCAACAGAUACUGCAGCUCCAACAACAGCAGCAGCAGCAACAGCAAUCACAGCUUCCACCCCAGCCCCAGCCCCAGCCCCAGUCCAUGGUCUCCCAGCCACAGGGGCCAAGCCCUCACACGGGGAUAGCCUCCUCCCUCACACAACAGACACAGCAGGUCAAGCUCUCAGCCAUCCAGCAGGUCCGGACUCAGUUUCCUCAGCAAGCAGCUCAGGCACAAGCACAGGCACAGGCACAAGCUCAAGCACAAAUGGGAGCAGGUGGGCAGAUGAUACCUACUCUGGCCCGCUCUGGGAUCUCUGUCCGGCCACGCUUCCCACCUGCUUCUGUUGCCUCGUCCACGCCUCAGAGCUCUGCCCCUCUGGGAGGACAGCCGACACCACAGGUUAGCAAUGCCAUCGCCACGAUCCCAUCUCCAGGGCAGCAAACUCAGAGCAUGCCUCCCCCGCCCCAGCCACAGCCCUCACCACAGCCUCCAGCCUCACAGCAGAGCUCCGUCAGCUCUGGCCCAGCCCCAUCACCGAGUGCCUUCCUGCCAAGUCCAUCAGCACAGACCACACAGAGCCCAGCCGCUCGCACACCACAAGCCUUCAGCGUGCCUUCCCCAGGGCCCCUCAACACUCCAGGGAACCCUGGCUCGGUGCCCAGUCCUGCCGGCCGCACACAGACAGAGGAACAGCAAUACCUGGACAAGCUCAAGCAGCUGUCUAAGUACAUCGACCCCUUGAGACGCAUGAUCAACAAGAUCGACAAAAAUGAAGACAGAAAGAAAGACCUGAGUAAGAUGAAGAGCCUCCUGGACAUCCUCACUGACCCCAACAAGCGCUGUUCCCUGGCGACUCUACAGAAAUGUGAAAUUGCUUUGGAAAAGUUGAAGAACGACAUGGCUGUGCCCACACCGCCCCCACCACCAGUGCCCACCACGAAGCAGCAGUACCUGUGCCAACCCCUGCUGGAUGCCGUCCUUGCCAACAUCCGCUCGCCCGUCUUCAACCACUCGUUGCAGAGAACCUUCGGGCCAGCCAUGACUGCCAUCCACGGGCCUCCGAUCACGGCACCUAUGAUUUCCCCGCGCAAGCGGAGACACGAAGACGACGAGAGGCAGACCAUUCCCAAUGUGUUACAGGGCGAGGUGGCCCGGCUAAACCCCAAAUUCCUGGUCAACCUGGACCCUUCCCACUGCAGCAACAAUGGAACCGUUCAUCUCAUCUGCAAAUUAGAUGAUAAGAACCUGCCCAGUGUGCCCCCACUCCAGCUGAGUGUGCCUGCAGACUACCCCGACCAGAGCCCCCAGUGGACAGAUGACUCUUUCCAGUACGACGCCAAUCCCUUCUUGCAAACAGUUCACCGUACCAUGACGUCCAAACUCCUGCAGCUCCCCGACAAGCACUCUGUUACAGCACUGCUCAACACGUGGGCACAGAGCAUCCGGCAGGUCUGCCUGUCCGCAGCAUGAUCGGCCCGUGUUCCACCGUGGGAACCUUACAGUGUCGCUGUCCAAUGGGAAGGACUGAGAGUGACAUGUGCUAGGAAAUCAGCAUGACUGCAGCCUUUAGCUGUUCUGAUCACUGUCAGUGAGAUGGGACUGUUUUCUAGCAUGUAUUGAAUUAUAAAAUAUGUAUCAAGAGUUAUUUACAUUUUAUUUACACUUAGCCCUGUCCUCACUCGUUUCUACUUCACAUAGUGUUUUGCUGAGAGUGUCUCCCCAGUGAGAGGGGGCAACUCUCUGUGUAUGUUACUGGGUUUGUACAUGUCUAUAAUGUAACCCUGAAAUCCACCACUGGAAUAAAUGCUUGUUUUCCAUA